UUUGCGGAAGUAGUGUAUAUCCACGAUAUUUGAAACUUCUCGAGGCCUCGUCUUCACUUGUUAAACGACCGGGGUCCUAACGGGGUCCUAAUCUCAGUAACUAUAACCUAAAAAUAAAGUGUAGUAAUUUACCUUGCUAUAUAGAGCUUCAAGAUACAACCAUGCAGAAAAUCGCUGUAAAAGAAGGACUAUGCGGAUCGUUUGGGACUCUGGAAUACCUUUCGGUCAUGACUGGCGCUACAAAGGUCGUCGUUGAACAGAUCCCAAGAGGAAAAAAGAAAGGAAUUAUGUCUGAUGCUAGGGUACAUCCCGACUCUCCACUGUCAGCACAAGUUAGAGGCUAUGGGCUUCUGGACUUUAAGGUGGUGCCGUGCACGGAAGACUUCAAAUCUGAGACCCUGGCAAAGGAGAGUGUAUACACGAUGUGCACGUACCCACGUGGGAGCAGUUUGAUAAUCAGCAACAUCACAUUUACUACGAUGCCAGACCGGAAGGGAGGAAACGUUGAUCUGAUCAACAUCAGAAAUCUUUUGGAGGGUCUAUCUUUGGAGACAAGCAUUCUUAAGGACCAGACAGCACAGGAGAUGAAGAAUGAGCUCCUAAAGUUUUCUAAGCGCAAAGAGCAUGCCGAGAGGGAUUGUUGUGUCGUGGUGACCAUGACACAUGGAAAAGAAGAUCACAUCUACGGAACGGACGGGGAUGCUGUCCCCCUGGCGACAAUCUUUUCUAUGUUUGACAACGAUUCCUGUCCGAGUCUGUCAGGAAAGCCGAAACUAUUCUUCGUCCAGGCAUGCCAAGGAGAUAAAACAGGUGGUAACAGACACCAGGCUGUUGAAUAUUCAGACGGAUACCAGUUGACAUCGUCAGACACCCCAGUGCCCCCUGUGUGGAAGAGCGAUAUGUUCAUUGCGUACCCAUCACCAUGGGGUUAUCAGUCGGUAAGGACUGAAGAUGGGAGCCCCUUUCUUGGAGCAAUCACCAAGGUGUUCUCAGAACACGCGAAGGACACCAAUUUGUUUGACAUGAUGACAAUGGUGAACAGGGAAGUCUCUGACGCCAGUAAAGGCCUGGUGCAACCGGAAGUACAUUCCACUCUUCGGAAGCAACUCUAUUUCUUUCCAGGCGAUGCUGGUCAAACCUACAGUCUGGCAUGGAAAAUACUUCGCAGCAUGAAACCAUAUAUGAUGGCGAGAGAGUUCAUGAUCAUGAUCAUGAUGAUGCUGGUGAUGUUGAUGAUAAAUCUCCUGGCAACUUACUCAAUCUCUGCAACUGACCACGAUGUACCACCGAGCAUUCCAGUGGCCCCGUUGACCAUCCAUUCCUACGCUAUCGGCACUGAAGGACGUGUGAUUCAAGAGGCCGGGGGAGUGGAGCUGAUAUUUCCUAAAGGUUGUGUUUCAGAAGAAAGGGUCGUCUCCGUGGAGGUCGACGUAAUCCCCGUUAACGACUUCAUCAACCGAAAGUUCAUGGCGAUGAGUGCAGUCCUGACAGUGAAGCAAAGUCGGAACACACCCUUCCUUCAGCCUGUCACAGUAACGCUGCCAUGGAUGUGGCGGAAGUAUGCCUCUAAACAACAGGUCAACACCACCCUGAUGCACUUCCAGCCCAACCGUGGUUGGGCUGUCUUCAGUGCGCAUCUCCAAGAAGCUGACCACACGGUGACAUUCAAAACAUUCCAUUUCCAGAGUUAUUUUCUCGUUCAAACGCUAAAUGACGCGGUGCACUUUGUGGAGAAGAUUUGGAAGGGCUACGCCGAGGACAAGGUGCAUCUCUCCAUCAUCCCUAACUCAACAACACGCGAGAUCACCAUGCUCUGUACUCACAAACUACAGGACCAGCAAGAAUUCUUCUACAUUACUGAAGAGCAGCUGAAGCAUCAGUUCAAACAGCAGGUGUAUAUGAAAAGCAACGAGAAGAUCAAAGCAAUGAUAACGGAGGAAAGUGACAUCGAAAUUGAAAAGUACGACAUUCCACGUGGUGGAAUCACUUUCUACUUUCCUCCGGCCACCGCUAACAGAUAUUCGCUUCGUCUGAAGAAAAGGGAGGAGGCAAGCGAGAAGGGCGUGUACGAGGGAAGCAUCCAAUUCGACAGAGUACAGUCCGAUGGGCACACGUCAGCGGGCACAAUGGAGGAGGCCAUCAACAAUGCUCUCAUCUAUCUUCGUCCCAGAUCUGAAGCCAUGGCGCACACAGACGACUCUCUGUCUAGCAAAGGAUUAGCACCUGCAUUCAUAGAUCCCCAUGAUGUGGCGCAAAAUUUCGACAAAGUAGUGAAAAGUGUGGGCACGUCUUGGAAAGAGCUGGCCCUAAAGCUAGGUCUUUCAUAUGAAGCCGUCCAGGUGAUCGACCAGAAUGUCAAGCUGAAGGACGACUUUGACAAAUGCAGGGACGCCCUUUAUCAAUGGAGACAGAUCAACGGAAAGAAAGCAACAUUGGAGGUUCUAAAAGAUGCCCUCUCACAAAUAGAUAUGAACUCAGUCAGAGAUGAGCUGUAGAUGGAACAACUGUUCAAAGAAAGCUUAAGCUGU